AUGAUUCUAGCUAAGGGGAGAAACAUCGAUGAAGAUGAAAAUUUAAACAGUGUUUUGUUGACAAGUGAUAGAUGUUCUCUUGUUUUGCUGAUGGAUAACAAAAGGGAUAAAAAGGAAAAAUCUGACAAGGAAAACCAGGCAUAUAUGAAAUACAAAGCUAAAAAAGGGGACGGUUAUAAAAAUGAGAAUACCUUUCAAAAUGACAAAAAAAUUGAAGAUAAUGAAAUAUCAAAGAAAAAAGAACAUAUGGUGAUCACAGGAAUGAUAAAGAUCCUUCAGGAGAUGAAAGAAAAAGAUGAUAACUCCAAGCCUACAGAACCCGGGACCAACAAAGACAAUAAUGAGCAAGAUAUGGAAUGUAAUACUACGCUUAUGCAAAAUAGAAAUGAAGUGAGGAGGGAAAAAGAUCAACAUAGGGAUCACAUAAAACUACAUGUGGGGUUAGAUUACUCCAAUUUUGAUUUUGAUACGCCAUAUAAAAUUAUUAAGUUCAUGAACAAAGGUAGCCAUUUUCUCUAUUGGGGUAGUGAUACUUUGUUCAGUGAGAAUAACAAUGUAUCAAAAGAAUUUAAAAUGAAUGAAAUGAAAAAAAAUAACUGUGAGGAAUUAAGGAAUAGUAGAUUUAUAUAUUUUGAUAGAGAAAAGACAUUGCUAGUGUUAAAAUAUAACAUCAAGAAUAACAAUUUUACGUAUGUAAAUGAAAAUGAUUCUGUUUAUAUGUACUUUUGUCAGUUACAUGAUAAUGAUUUUUUAGAUGAUAAUAUUAUAAAAGAAAAUAAAAACUCUAUUUUAAUUUAUCCAUAUACAUAUGUGAAAAUAUGGAAAAGUUUAACAAGUUACAUUAAUGAGGAAGUAAUAAACAAAAUUGAACCAGUUAAUAAAACUUUUUGUUCUUCAUUUUUAAAAGAAGAAGAAGAAGGAGAAGGAGGAGAAAGAGGAGAAAAAAAAAAAAAGGGAAAAAUUUCUUUGAAUAAAGAUGAAGAAAUGAAUCUAUGCAAUCAGCCAUACAUGUUUUAUUCCGUAAUUCCAAAGUAUCCCCCACUUUCAAAUUAUCACAAGGAGGAGGAAGGAAAGGAGGUAAGUCGUCGUAAUAUUCACAAAAAGGAAGACAACAUAAAGGAUGAACGUGAGUUCUGUUCAAGUGGAUCCGUCAACUGCUAUGAGAUGUGUGAGGAAGAUAUGCACGAUGAUGUUUCCAACAAUGAUGCAUCCAGUAGUGAUGAAUCCAAGAAUGAGAAAUUCAACAAUGACGAAGUGCUGAGCGAAUCGUCAAUGAACGCAAAGAAGAGCUAUUUCGAACGUAUUAAUGUAGAUAACAAACAUAAGAAGUAUGUACCAUCCGAUUUAACCAUCAUCCAUUUAGAGAAAUAUUGGAUUUUGAAGGAAAUAAUUCAGCAAGAAUACACUUACCUAUAUUAUGAGAAUGAAAAGCGGGAAGGUUUCCACAAGUUUGAAAAUAAGCUUUUUUACAUUUUAGGCGAAUUUCAAUUUGCAUAUAUUUUAUUUCACUUAGGUUUUAACUAUCAGUCUUUUGUUCAGUGGAGGAAUCUAUUUGAGCUCCUUUCAAAUUCGCAGCACCUUGUUACGAACUUUGCAGACUUCUUUGAGGAAGUUUUGAGAGUCAUACACACCCAUUUAAGCCAUUUGAGUGAUGACUUUUUUGACAACACAGAAAACAGUUUCAUUCUUUUUGGAAUUUACAACAUAUAUGAAAUAAUUAGCAAUGUAGCGGGAGUAAAAGGGGACAUAGUCAAGGUGAUGAAUUCAAUAGAUUCUAUUAUUUACACAAAAUUGGGGUUGCAUUUGCCAGAUUUAUCCUUUGUAUAUUCGGAGUAUCAGCCAACAUACGUAGAUGACGAUUAG